AUGAGUUCCCAAGAAAAGUUAACGAAGAAACCGUACAAAUACAAUAGAUAUGCUAAUCAGGUAAACUCAUGUAGAAAUUUCGGCAGUGAAUCUAGUGAACAUACAGUUAUUGGUAAAGUCGUUCAGUAUCCUUCUAAGCAGGAGGUAGCUACAUCAUCUUCGUACUCUGGUUCAGAGGAGUACUACAAAAUGUACGAUUACGAUAUGGUGCCUGUUAAAGAUACGCUAACUAGUAAAACCUCAACGGACACGAGGGUGGAAAGGAUAUCCCUCACCGAAUCAUAUCUUAACAACAUUGAACGAAACAUUUCCGAGGAAUUGCAAACGGACUCCUCCACGAACACCCUAGAUUCGAGUAUUAAAUUCUUCAAAGUUACUGUCGAAGAGAUUUUUAGCAAAUUCUAUGACAAUAUGCAUGACUUCGAGUUGUACAAGAAGAAAUUCCACGAUAUAUUGAGCAAGGAGCAAGGGGAAUGUGUGGAGGAAAUGGAAGAUUUUAUAAAAGAUAUAAUUCGACAUAUAAUGUCAUCUGAAUCUAAUGAUCUAAAUGCUGAAUUUCAGAGUAAAGAUAGCGUAUUUGAGAAUUCUGACAGCAUUUCAAAGCUAGAAGAUAUGCAAUCAGUAAUGGAAGCGUUUAAAAACGAAAACUACAAUUCAAUGGAAUCGGCGAGCGACGAGAAAGGCAGUGAAAAUAAACAAGAGUUCAAGCACAAAGUGAACACCGCCGAAACACUGAACAUCUAUUUAAUGUCCAAGAAUCCAUACCUCAAAAUCAAGAUGAACAAUAACAAUAGUCAUUUGUCUGAAAUUCAAAUCAUGGAGCGAUGUAGCUCAUAUAACCAAGGCGCGAGUAAGGUCGUAGCUUCAGCGGAUGAUAUAAAGAUGCUAUCUGCUAAAAAGAUGGAGUUGGCCAUGUUAGAGACGCUCAAUGACGGCCCUGAGUUCGCGGAUCGUGAGAUACCCGUAAAAAUUUCCUUUGCUAAAAAAAACAUUCACUCCGACGACCAAAGCCAUCAGGAAUCGAGCAGGAGCGAGAAAUCUUUCCUAGGAUGCCUCUGCAGCUACUUGUGCAAGAAACUACGUAAAGCAACUAACUUGGGAUAUUAAUUUCAUUAAUAAAGCUCUUCCAACAA